AUGCUUGGUUGCCCUUGGAGGACAUGUCUUUGUCUCUUUGCCAAUUCCGUAGCCACGAGAGGCGACUCCAAGUCCUCAAGUUGUCGCAUGUCCAACCGAGGUAUAGUACCGAGCCUCGGCACAGCCCAUGAGGCCCAGGACCAGGAGAGUCAAACAUCAAACUGCACAGGCUGUCAGAUGCGGGUAUGUCACAUGACAAAGCUUUGCCAAUCUGAUGGUGUUUCCCGUGUUUCGUGUGCUAGUAGUUUGGAAAUAAGAAGAGGCUGUAUGUCCAAGGAUAUCCCAACGGGUAUUGGGUUGCGCGCUUUGCUAGCGGUUCAAUUUACCCUUUGGUAUUGCACUUUGCAAGCCCGCUUGAAUAUUGGAUCAGCCGCAGCCAAAGACACCUCAGGGAAGCUUGGCAGGCAAGGCGGAAUAGCCUUUUCUUGGACCCAUUUGGUUCCAGCUUCUCGAUAUCCCUGGGCCAGCAUUGUGAAGGUUGGUAUCACAUGGUACCAUUGCAUGGUUGUACACCCUCAGACAGUGCCCACGAGAUGUGACCGCAGAUUCGACCAACACAGCACUGCAGAUGUUCUGGAGAAGAUUGCAGGGCUUUCUGGCCAGGUGGCUACAAAAGCACUUGUGACUGCCAUGAUACGGGGCGUUUUUGGAUGUGAAGCGAAGGAGUUAUCUUGGCUUCACUUCUUGCACUAUAUCGCCUGUGCUGGCGGAUUGGAGCGCCUCGUGACGAUCAAGAAGGGCUUCCAGGAGCACACUGUAUUGGGCGGUGCCCAGCAAAUUUCGGAGCGCUUGGCCAAAGAGGUGCGAUCUUUGGGAGGCAAACUGGAAUUCAACUGCAAGGUUACGUCUGUCACCACGGAGGCGGAUGGCGUUUGGGUGGCAUGUGGCGAAUCGAAGAGCUUUCGAUGUUUGAGGUGCGUUUUCGCCACUCCUCCGAAGCAGUUGGGGAACGUCAAAUUUGCGCCUGCCCUCCCGUCCUCACGAGCUGCAUUGCACACAUCUGUGUUUAUUGGGUGCAUUAUCAAGGCUGUUUUCCGGUAUGGGAGGCCUUUUUGGCGGCUAAAUGGCUUCAGUGGAGAGGUAGUUGCUGAAGCAACUGAUGAUGAGCCUUGUUUCAAUUGCUAUGAUCAUUGUGUCGGUGAUUGCCACAUGUUGGUGUGCUUUCUCAAUGGUUCACCUGCGCGUACUUGGAGUUUGCGGACUCAGGAUGAGCGACGUCAAGUUUUGUUGAAGCAGCUGACGAAGUGGUUUGGUCCUGAAGCCAGUCACCCGUUGGAGUACCUCGAGAAAGAUUGGGCCGCUGAUGAGUUUACUGGCGGCUGCCCUGUUGGCGUUGCGGAAGCCUUGUGGUAG